AUGCGCGCCUUUUCGUCAACAGCGCUCCUGGCACUCCUCCUGGCAGGCGCCCUCCUCUGCGACUCAGCAGCCGCCAGCCGACCCCUGCGCCUCGGCGCCUCUGCAGGCCCGAAGGGUGCCGCGGCCAUUGCGCCAGCGGCUGUGGCCGCCGGCGUCGCCGCCUGGCGCCGCGCCCUCACCCAGGUCACCCACACUGGGGCGGCCCUCACCGCAGCCCAGGCCGCCACCAGCAGCGCCGGCGCGUUUGGGCGGGCCACCAGCGCGGGAUAUGGAUCCUCUGCGGUGGCUGGCAACGGCGCCGUCAGCGCCACAGCCAGCCUGGACUGGGACUUUGACAAGAGUGGCGAUUACGAAGGCAGCCGUGGGGAUGAGAUGACGGCCCUCUUUGCUCAGGACAUGGCCAAGCUGGUUGAUAAAAGCGGCAGCGGCAGCAGCGGCGGCAGCGGCAGCAGCGGCGGCAGCGGCAGCAGCGGCGGCAGCGGCAGCAGCGGCGGCAACGGCAGCAGAGGCAGCAGCGGCAGCAGCGGCAGCGGUUGCGGCUGCAGCAGCAGCACCGGCAGCACACGCAACGGCGACGGCAACUCCUAA